AUGGCUCCAAAUAAUGAGAAUGCAUUUAACCCAUGCUUUUUAACACAUUUGUUGUCAAUCUUUGGAUUGAUCAGUAUAGUUUGGGGUUUUUUCACUUAUUGGAUUUUAUUCAACUCAAGAAAGUAUGGUUAUUUUAGCAAUCAAGACUUAAAAUCCAAACAAAAUAUCAAGGUAUUACUCGUCCUUAUUGAAUUCAUUUUAUUUGCAUAUGUAUCAAGUUUCAUCACCAUUCAUGAAAGAUUUGCGGAUCAAAAAUUAAUUUCAUUUGGAGUACUUAGCAUCACCUUGAUAUUGAUCAUUUUACCCUUACAUGUUUUGGAACCUUUUUAUUCCCCAAUUCAAUUAGACGUCUUGUUGAUUUUUUGGCCGUGUUUUACAAUUUUUGUUAGUACAUUAUAUUUUCAAGAUAAUUAUACACAAUGGGUGUUAGUGCAAAACACCAAUACUUUCAUUGAACUUUUGUUAAUAUUGAAUUCAAUAAACAUUUUCAUUUUGGAGUAUUACUAUUAUAAUCCAUCAUCUGAAUUAAUCAAAGAUUAUAAAAAAAGAGGAGAAGAAAUCAAAUUGGAAGAACCUAAUAUAAUUCAGAGAGUUACCUUUACUUGGAUGAAUGAUUUAAUUGUGAAUACAUACAAAAAUAAAACUGUCACGAAUGCUGAGUUACCUAACAGUCCUGACAAAAUUACAACUUUAUAUGCAUCAAAAAUCUUAAAUUCAAACUGGCAUGGAGGUAGUUUACUCAAAAGUUUACUCAAAUCCUUUGGAUAUGGAUUAUCUGUAUCAUUUUGGUAUGAAAUAAUUGCUAGAGCCUUAAAUUUUGUUAAACCACAGCUAUUGAGAUUAUUCAUCUUGUAUUUCACUGUUUCCAAUCCACCAAUAUUGAAAGGAUUAUUAAUUUGUAUUAGCAUUUUUGCAAAUACAGUUUUUCAAAAUACAAUGAAUAAUAAAUACAUGUUGAGAAAUUUGGAAAAUAGUUUGAACAUCAGAAGUUCCUUAACGUCAUUAGUAUACAAAAAGGCUCUACAUUUAUCAAGUGAAGGUAAAUCAGCGUUCAAUUCGGGAGAUAUAAUGAAUUUGAUGUCAGUUGAUGUUAAUAGAAUCUCAUAUGCAAUGUUGAGUAUCAGUGCUAUAUUUUAUACACCAUUCGAUGUGAUUGUGGGAUUGAUUUCAUUAUGGCCAUUGCUUGGAACAUCAACAUUAGCAGCAUUUCUCGCUAUAGCGUUGAUAGUCCCAAUCAAUAUUGUUUUAGUGAAAUACAUAACUAAAAUGAAUAAAGAGCAGAUGAAGUUAAAAGAUCAAAGGACAAAUAUUAUAAAUGAAAUUUUAAUGACUAUAAAAAGUAUCAAAUUAUAUGCUUGGGAAAAACCAAUGCUUAAAAAAUUAUCAGAAGCUCGAAAUGAUAAAGAACUAAAAAAUUUAAAAAGAGUAAGAUUAUUCAAUCAAAUUUCAAAUUUCACUUGGUCAUUAAUUCCAAUUAUGAUGAAUCUUUUAUGCUUUGGAUGUUUUGUAUUGACUCAAAAAAGACCGCUAACUUCAGAUAUUGUUUUCCCAGCAAUAACUUUAUUAAAUUUAAUAUCGUCUCCAAUUUUGGAUUUACCAGAUACUAUUGAUUCAAUCAUUGAGGGCAAAGUCGCACUAGAUAGAGUGAAAAAGUUUUUGAUAUGCCUGGAACUUGAUGAGGAUUUAAUCAGCUAUGGGGGAAACAAGGCUAUCGAAAUAAAGGGAGCUUCAUUUUACUGGAAAUCAGAACCAUAUAAAGAUAAUCAACGAGAAUUACCACAUGCUUUGAAGGAUAUCAAUUUUGAAGUCAACAAGGGAGAUUUGGCAUGUGUUGUUGGUAAAGUGGGUAGUGGGAAAACAUCAUUGUUAUAUGCAAUACUUGGUCUGAUGGUUACAUUCGGGUCAGAUCCAUUGAUUAAAGUAAAUGGUAGUGUAGCCUACUGUGCUCAGAGUCCUUGGAUCAUGAAUGCAUCAGUGAAGGAGAAUGUUUUAUUUGGUCAUAGGUAUGAUCAGGAAUAUUAUGAAUUAGUCAUUAGAGCUUGUCAGUUAGAACAAGAUCUUAGAAUACUACCAGAUGGAGAUGAGACUCAAGUUGGUGAAAAAGGAGUCAGUUUAUCUGGUGGUCAGAAAGCGAGACUAUCAUUAGCUAGGGCAGUGUAUGCUCGUGCCGAUAUUUAUUUACUUGACGAUAUUUUAUCAGCUGUGGAUUCACAUGUUGGUAGAAACAUAAUUGAAGAGGUGAUAUCUAAGGAUGGUCUAUUAGGGGAUAAAACAAUUAUUUUAUGUACAAAUUCAGUUCUGGUAUUAAAAUACUCAGAUACGAUCACGAUGCUUGAAGACGGUCAGGUUAAAGAAACAACAAGAUAUCAAGAAAUAAAUGAAGAGCAUCAUCCACAAUUGUUUAACUUGAUAACAACCUUUAGCAAAAAUGAGGAAACAUCACCGAUUAAUUCAAAUUCAUCAAGCAGUGUUAUCGAAUCAAAACGUAGAAAAGCAAGUAUUGAAACUUUCAAUUGGGACCCUUUACAGAAAUUAUUACCAAAUUUAAAAUCUGGUCAAACUCAAGAAACUAGUCAAAAGGGUAAAGUGAAAUGGAAUGUAUAUGUUACGUAUUUUAAAGCUUGUUCAUUACCGGGCAUUGGGUUGUGGAUUAUUGUGUUAUUAUUCUCCAAUUGUUUAUCUAUCGGCAGUAAUUAUUGGUUGAAACAUUGGACUGAAGAAAAUUCAGAAACUGGAUCUAAUCAAAAUAUUUGGUCCUUUUUAUUUGUCUAUGCUGCAUUGGGAAUUGGUGCAACAUUUAUGACUAUUUCGAGACAAUUGAUAAUGAAAUUAUGGCUAGGAAUUAAUGCAUCAAAAAAAAUCCAUGAUGAAAUGGCAUUAAAAGUUUUGGGGUCUCCUAUGGAAUUUUUUGAAAGAACUCCAGUUGGUAGAAUAAUGAACCGUUUCACAAAUGAUAUUAAUAGAAUAGAUGACAACAUUCCAAAUACUUUUGCUGCUUUUGUCGCCCAGAUUAUGAGAACUUUUUUAACUUUGAUUGUUGUGAGUAUUGCUAUACCGGCAUAUUCCAUUGUUAUAUUGAUAUUGGGUGUAAUUUAUUACUAUUAUGAAACUUAUUAUGUAGCUAUUUCAAGAGAAUUGAAAAGAUUAGUUUCUGUAUCAAGGUCUCCAAUCUAUGGACAUUUGGGUGAAAGUUUGAAUGGUAUUGAUACCAUUAGGGCUUACGGACAAGCUGAUAGGUUUGAAUUCAUCAUGAGUAAGAUCAUAGAUUUUAAUUUGAAAUCUCAAUACAUGCUUACAUCAAUUAAUCGUUGGUUAUUUUUUAGAUUGCAGGUUAUUGGUGGAUUGGCAGUUUUGUCUGCUUCAAUCAUGUUGAUAUCUACCACAAAGACUUCUCAACCGUUAACAUCUUCAAUGGCUGGGUUUUUAAUGACUUACGCACUUCAAGUGACUGGAUCUUUAAGGAUCGUUGUUAGACAGUCUGCGGAAGUUGAAACUAGUGUUGUUGCGGUUGAAAGAUGUUUAGAAUAUACUGAAUUGAAAUCUGAAGAAACUUCAGCAAAUAAAGUUAUACCUCCAUUAAAUUGGCCAACUAAAGGAGAAAUUAAGUUCAUAAAUUAUUCCACAAAAUAUAGGGAAAAUUUGGAUUUAAUUUUGAAGAAUAUAAAUUUAUCAAUUAAGCAAAAUGAAAAAAUUGGAGUAGUUGGAAGAACAGGAGCUGGGAAAAGUUCAUUGGCCUUAUCAAUUUUUAGAAUUAUUGAACCAGUAGAAGGUAAUGUUGAGAUUGACAAUUUAAACACUAGCAAUAUAACCUUAUUUGAUUUAAGACAUAAGUUAGGUAUUAUUCCACAAGACUCUCAAUUAUUCAAUGGUACAAUCAGACAAAACUUGGAUCCAUUUAACUAUUAUAAAGAUGAAGAAAUUUGGAAAGCAUUGGAGUUGGCCCAUUUAAAAGAUCAUAUUGCAAAAUUAGGCGAGGAAGAAGAUAAGUUGUUAUGUAAGAUAGAUGAAGGGGGAUCCAAUUUUUCAGCAGGUCAGAGACAGUUGAUGUCAUUAGCUAGAGUAUUAUUGAAAAUGAGUGAUUCUAAUAUUUUGGUAUUAGAUGAAGCGCUGUCAAGUAUUGAUCUUGAAACAGAUAAAAUUCUUCAGCAAACCAUAAGAUCAGAAUUCAAAAAUAAAACAAUUGUAACUAUAGCUCAUAGAAUUGAUACUAUAAUGGAUAGUGAUAAGAUAAUUGGAUUAGAUCAAGGGGAAUUGAUUGAAUUUGAUACUCCUGAAAAUCUUUUUAAGUCUCAACUGGGGGUAUUUUAUGGAUUAUGUAAACAAGGCGGUUAUUUAUAG